CUCGCCACUUAUAAAAGCCGCCGUCACUUGCCCCACUCUUCCGACAGCUUUUGACCAAAAGGGCCAGAGCUGUAGCUGAUCGGACUCAUCUUCUGUCUCUCCCGUUCAGCCCAGUCGGCGUGCCACUCCUUCCUUCUCUACGGUAGCCAAGAGGAACCCGAGCAGCCAAGAUGCCGCCCAAGCAGGAUAAGAUAUCCGACGACCCUAAGGUCUACAUCUACGGCGACACCAAGCUGAUGAACGAGCUUCGCGCCUCGCCGUACGACCCCAAGAAGAACGUCUGGGCUCCCGACGAAAAGGAGGUGUACAUCGCUGUGGAGAUCAAGGAGGAAAAGGGCGACAAGUGCACGGUCCAGCUGCAGAAAGGCUCGACUAAGGAGGUUGCCAAGGACAAGUUGGUAAUGAUGAACCCUCCGAAAUUCAUCUGCUGCGAGGACAUGGCCAACAUGACCUACCUGAACGACGCCUCUGUGCUGGCGACCCUCAGGGACCGUUAUGCUAAUGGAAUGAUCUACACCUACUCCGGGUUGUUCUGCGUCGUGAUCAACCCCUUCAGGCGCCUCCCUCUCUACACGGAGGAGGUUGUGGCCAUGUACCGUGGCAAGAGGCGUCAGGAAAUGCCGCCUCACUUGUUCUCUGUGGCUGACAACGCCUACCAGAACAUGCUGAUCGACCACCAGAACCAGUCCAUGUUGAUCACUGGCGAGUCUGGUGCCGGUAAGACUGAGAACACGAAGAAGGUUAUCUCCUACUUCGCCCUGGUCGCUGCCAUGGGCGGACCGAAGAAGGACUUAGCCGAGGGCGAAAAGAAGAUCACCCUUGAGGACCAGAUCGUGCAGACUAACCCUGUACUGGAGUCCUUCGGUAAUGCCAAGACUGUCAGGAACAACAAUUCCUCCCGUUUUGGUAAAUUCAUCAGGAUCCACUUCAACACCAAGGGCAAGUUGGCUGGUGCCGACAUCGAGUCCUAUCUGUUGGAGAAGGUGCGUGUGAUUGAGCAGCUGCCUGGUAUGGAGCGUGGCUACCAUAUCUUCUACCAGCUGCUGUCCAGCGGCCUGGCCGACGUCACAAAGAUGUUGAUGGUCACUGACGACGCCCACGACUACCGCUUCUUGGAGAAGGGUGAGAAGACCAUCAAGAACGUGGACGACAAGGAAGAGAUGGUGUUGACGGACGAGGCCUUCGACGUGCUGGGAUUCACCCAGGACGAGAAGACGAACAUCUACAAGCUCACGGGAGGCCUGUGCCACUUCAGCAACAUGAAGUUCAAGGCCAAGCCCAGGGAGGAGCAAGCCGAGUGUGACGGCACCGAGGCCGCUGAUAAGAUGGCGUACCUGUACGGCAUCAACAGUGGUGAGCUGCAGAAGGGUCUGCUCAAGCCCAGGGUAAAGGUCGGCAACGAGUGGGUGGCAAAGGGCCAGAACUGCAACCAGUGCAUCUACGCCGUCGGUGCCCUGGGCAAGGGUGUCUAUGACAGGCUCUUCAAGUUCCUGGUCAAGCGUUGUAACGACACUCUGGACACCAAGAUGAAGAGGGAGAACUUCAUUGGUGUGCUGGAUAUUGCCGGCUUCGAGAUUUUCGAGUUCAACAGCUUUGAUCAGCUGUGCAUCAACUACACCAACGAGAAGCUGCAGCAGUUCUUCAACCACCACAUGUUCGUGGAAGAGCAAGAGGAGUACAAGAGGGAGGGAAUCGAGUGGGAGACCAUCGAUUUCGGUAUGGACUUGGCCAAGACACUGGCUCUGAUCGAGAAGCCCCUGGGUAUCCUGGCUAUUCUGGAGGAGCAGACUAUGUUCCCGAAGGCCAGCGACAAGACCCUCAUCGACAAGCUUCGCGACCAACACUUGGGCAAGCAUCCUAGCUUCCUGAAGCCGAAAAAGCCCAAGCAGCCCAAGUACGAGGGUCACUUCGAUCUGGCUCACUACGCCGGCAACGUGACAUACAACAUCUGCGGCUGGCUGGAGAAGAACAAGGACCCCAUGAACGAGACUGUGGUCGCCUGUUUCAAGAGGGCCACCAACGACCUGCUGAAAGAGCUCUGGGCUGACUUCGCCACUGCCGAGGAUGCAGAUGCUGGACAAAAGAAGCAGGCCGGUGGAAAGGGCAAGAAGGGAGGAGCUUUCCAGAGUGCCUCUGCAACCCACAGGGACCAGCUGGCUAGGCUGAUGGCCACUCUGCACACCACCUACCCCCACUUCGUGCGUUGUAUCAUCCCCAACGAGCUGAAGACUCCUGGUCUCCUGGACAACCCCUUGGUUAUGCACCAGCUGACUUGUAACGGUGUACUCGAGGGUAUCCGUAUCUGCCAGAAGGGCUUCCCAAACAAGAUGAUCUUCAAGGAGUUUAAGCAGCGCUACAAGCCCCUGGACCCGGUGAUGUCCAGGCAGGUCGAAGAUGACCGUGAAUGCUCCGUCAAGCUUCUGGACCAAUCGGGUCUGUCCAAGGAGUGCUACGGCGUGGGCAAGACGAAGAUCUUCUUCAAGGCCGGCCAAGUGGCCAAGCUUGAGGACAUCCGUGACGCCAAGCUGGCUGUGAUCGUGACAACGGUUCAGCAGCGCGUCAGGGGCAAACUGCAGCGUAUCGUCUAUGAAAAGCUCAAGGUGCAGAGGGAGGCCCUGAAGAUGCUGCAGCGUAACGUGCGCAACUGGAUCAGCCUGCGCACCUGGGAGUGGUGGAAGCUGUUCUGCACCAUCAAGCCCCUGCUGUCCCAGUCCCAGGGCGAGGAGGAGCUCCGCCUGAAAGAGGAGGAGCUGACGGAGGUGAAGGAGGGCGUGGAGAAGGAAGAGACACUGAUGACCGACAUCCAGACGAAGCUCACCGCAGUCGAGAAGGAGAAGAACGAACUCGCCUCGAAACUGUCUAGUGAACAAUCAGAAACAAGUGACAUCGCGGAGAAGGCAGAAGGCCUGAUCAAGAACAAAGCUGACCUCGAGCAGAAGAUUGUGGACUACAAGGAGCUGCUGCAAGACGAGGAGGCCAAGAACUCCGAGCUCAGCGCAGCCAAACGCAAGGUCGAGGGUGAGGUGGAUAACCUGAAGAAGGACCUGGAGGAGCUGGAGAAGACUCUGCAGAAGGUGGAGAAGGAAACCCGCGGCGUUGAGAGCAAGGUUCGCUCCACCGGAGAUGAGCUGCACGCUCAGGAUGACCAGAUCAGCAAGCUGUCUAAGGAGAAGGCUAAGCUGGAACAGCUCAACGCAACCACCCUGGAAGAUCUGCAGAAGGAAGAGGACAAGGUCAACAACCUCAGCAAGCUCAAGGCCAAGCUCGAGCAGCAACUGGAUGACCUAGAAGAGAACCUGGAACGCGAGAAGAAGGCGCGUGCCGAGGCCGAGAGGCUGAAGAGGAAGCUGGAGGGUGACCUGAAGGCCGCACAGGAGACUUUGGGAGGUCUGGAGAACGAGACGUCCGACCUGACGAACCGCAUUCAGAAGAAGGAGUUCGAAAUCAAGCACCUCGAGGGUCAAGUGGAAGAUAAUCAGGGUGCGGUUGCGAGUAUGCAAAGGAAAAUCAAGGAAGCGCAGAGCCGCAUCGAUGAGCUUGAGCAGGAGCUCGAGGCCGAGAGGAACGCCCGUGGCAAGGUUGAUAAGCAGAGGGCUGACCUGGCUCGCGAGCUCGAGGAUCUGGGAGACCGUCUGGAGGAGGCUGGUGGCGCCACCGCCGCCCAGGCUGAGGUCAACAAGAAGCGCGAAAUCGAGCUGCAAAAACUCCGCCGCGAACUGGAGGAGGCGAACAUGCAGCAUGAGGCCACCGUCGGCGCGCUCAGAAAGAAACUGGCAGACGCCACCUCCGACUUAACGGAGCAGGUGGAGAACCUGCAGCGUAUCAAGGGCAAACUGGACAAGGAGAAGACCACCCUGAAGAUGGAAGUCGACGACCUCGCCUCUAACGUUGAGGCCAUUACAAAGGGCAAGCUGAACGUGGAGAAGGCAAACCGUUCCCUCGAGGAGCAGAUCGCUGAGGCCAACAUCAAGAUCGAGGAGUCAACCAGGACCGUGCAGGAACUUACCACCCUGAGGCAUCGCCUGGAGUCUGAAAACUCCGAAAUCGCUCGCCAGCUGGAGGAUACCGACAACCAGUGCGCCCAGCUGUCCCGCGCAAAGAGCAUGCUUUCUCAGCAGCUCGAGGAGCUGAAGCGCCAGCUUGAGGAGGAGACAAAGGCCAAGAACCACCUUACCCACCAGCUGCGUGCUGCUCAACAUGAUUGCGACAGCCUCAAGGUUCAAAUUGAAGAGGAACAGGAAGGCAAGUCUGAAAUCCAGCGCGCCCUGUCCAAGGCCAACACAGAAGUUACUGCCUGGCGUACCAAGUACGAGACUGACGCCAUCCAGCGCGCUGAGGAGCUAGAGGAUGCUAAGAAGAAGCUGGCUGCUCGCCUGCAGGAUGCUGAGGAACAGGUGGAGGCCGCCAACGCCAAGUGCAGCUCUCUGGAGAAGGCCAAGAACAGGCUGGCUGGCGAGGUCGAGGACCUCAUGAUCGACGUUGAGCGGGCCAACGCCGCGGCAGCUCAGCUGGAGAAGAAGCAGCGUCUGGUUGACAAGCAGAUCGCCGAGUGGAAGACCAAAUGCGAGGAGAUCACUAUCGAGCUGGAGACCUCUACCAAGGAGGCCCGUGCUUAUGCCAACGAGCUGUACAAGCUGAAGGGACAAUACGAGGAGACUCUGGAGUCCCUGGAAACACUCAAGAAGGAAAACAAGACUUUGGCAGACGAAAUCCGCGAUCUGUCCGAUCAGCUUGGCGAGGGCGGCAAGAGCGUCCACGAGCUGGAAAAGGCCAAGAAGCGUCUGGAGGUGGAGAAGGAGGAACUGCAGACCGCCCUCGAGGAGGCAGAGGGUGCACUGGAAGUGGAGGAGGGCAAGGUCCUGCGUGUCCAGCUCGAGUUGUCUCAGCUCAAGGCUGACAUCGACCGCAGACUGGCCGAGAAGGACGAGGAGUUCGAGAACACACGUAAGAACCACCAGAGGGCCUUGGAUGCACUGCAGACUACCCUUGAUGUAGAGGUCAAGGGCAGGAACGAGGCCGUCAGGACCAAGAAGAAGCUGGAGGCCGAUGUGAAUGAAGUUGAGGCUGCCCUGGAGAACGCCACCAGAGCCAACAACGAGGCCAGGAAGACCAUCAACAAGCUCCAGAUGCAGAUUCAGGAAGUCCAAACCCAAAUUGAUGAUGAACAGAGGCAACGUGAGGAGGCCCGCGAGCAUCUCGCCAUGUCCGAGCGCCGCUCCAGCAUGCUCCAGACUGAACUUGAAGAGCUUCGCAAUGCCCUGGACCAGGCCGAGAGGGCUCGCAAGAUGGCCGAGUCUGAGCUCAUGGAGUCUUCUGACCGCGUCGGCGAGCUGUCUGCACAGAACUCGUCUCUAGCGGGUCAGAAGAGGAAGCUGGAGGGUGAGAUCCAGACCCUGCAGGCUGAGCUGGACGAGGUUAUGGCUGAGCACAGGCAGACCGAGGAGAAGGCAAAGAAGGCCAUUGCAGAUGCCACCCGCAUCGCCGAGGACCUGCGCAAUGAGCAGGAACACACCGCUCACAUCGAGAAGACCAGAAAGAACCUGGAGGCCUCCAUCAAGGACCUGCAGAGGAGACUGGACGAGGCCGAGGCCUUGGCCAUGAAGGGUGGCAAGCGCGCACUGCAGAAGCUGGAGGCCAGGGUCCGUGAUCUCGAGUCUGAGUUGGACUCAGAGACGAGGCGCCACCAGGAGACGCUGAAGAGCCUGCGCAAGAACGAGCGCCGUCUCAAGGAGCUGAGCUUCCAGGCCGACGAGGACCGCAAGAAGGAGGAGCGCAUGCAGGAGAUGGUCGAGAAGCUGCAACUGAAGAUCAAGACCUACAAGAGACAAGUGGAGGAGGCUGAGGAAACAGCUAACGUCAACCUGGCCAAGUGGCGCAAGACCCAGCACGAUCUGGAGGAUGCCCAGGAGAGGGCCGAGAUGGCCGAGUCCGCUCUGGGCAAGAUGCGCGCCCAGCACCGCUCUGCCGGCCCCAACCUGUAAAUCCUUUGCAACGUUCCUUGCAAAGCGCUGUGAAGAGCACGGACAACAGAUCGUCACAGCAACUAGUUCGUUCUCUCUUUCAGCGACCCAGUAGUACUAGUCUUCUUCUUCUUUGCGACUUGUUUCCUUUGUCCAGCGACAUUUCCCACUCAGUGGCCCCACGCACGCACACUGACACAGCAACUGACUGGGGAAUGUCGCCGGAUGACGUUCGGAACAAGUGUUAAAGACGUGCAACAUUAGAUUAAACCACGUUAAUGUCAUCAACUGUACCAUGUACAACAUCUUGUUAACUCUCUGUUCUGUUACCAUAAGUCGAUGAAUGGCAUGCCAGAUUUUCAACACGGCUCUGGCCUCGAUGACUUCUUGAUAGAGCUAGUAACAAGUCCGUAAAUAGGCAUUUUCUAACGUAGUAAGUAGACCAUCAUUUUCCUGUGGUGUGAACGGCCCAAGACUGAGAAAGAAAAGCUGUCGGAAACAAGAAGUACAUGGAUUUCUAGGCUGACCUAAGUAAUAUUCCUGUCGAGGGAUAAUAAGACGUUCAGUUGUAUGAUUGUGCAUCUCUUCCGGGACCACUAUGAGUAGUCUUAGAUUUUAUGUUUGUGUGACUUGCGACGUGUAUGGGUGCUUCGUUGCAUUUGAUACUGAUUAAACUUCUA